AUGCCAUUAUCGGACUUCGUCGCAGAAGUCAACCGAAACGUGGAAAUCGCAGAAUUUGCUGCUAUGACUGGUGAGCAAUUCAAGUGCUUAAUUUUCGUAAGCGCUCUAGAAGAUGACGAUUGUGUUGCACUACGAACUCAUGUACUGGAGAAAAUGAAGGCCGAACCGGACACAACUCUGAUUGAUCUACUGGAAGAGUGCAACGACUACUCGGAAUUGCAGUCUCACAUUGAAAUGAUCGCUAAAGCCGAGGUACCACAGGUCCAUGCGAUUCAGAGGGAUAAAAACCCGCAAGUCAACGCGAUGCAGCGAGGCGAGAAGCGGAAAUCGUCCACUGAUCAGAAGCUCAAAGGAGAUUUACUUUGUGAACUCGUAUAUGUGAAGGAUUACCGAGCAGUUGAUAAAACUGAAUGGAUUCCUGGAAUAAUUUGCAAGCGAAUUGGCGAUGUCACAUAG